AUGAGGUCCCCUCUUUCUUCAUCCUUCGGCUCCAUCUCGCUCUUACUGGGGCUCACCCUCCUCUGCAGGUUGAUACAACAGAAUCCUCUCUCCCUCUCUCUUUCUCUUUCUUGGUCUCUCAAUCUGUGAGUAUCUCUGAGUCGUAAUCAUGUGCAUGCGCCGGUUAUGACUCUUCGAUUUCACAAAAUAUGGAUACCCCUUCACCGGCUUCUACAGGGCCUGGUUUUCUUUAUCUUCAUUCAUGGAUUCUCAGAGGGAGGGGAAGGUUUUCUAUCUCCCGCUAAUUAUCACUGUUUAAUCCCUGGCUUUCCAUUCCCUUGCGACUGAACUUAUAUGAUCACACAGAAAAGUAGAAGACCCUGUUCAUCCCUCCCUCCCUCUCUGUCUCUGUCUCUCUCCCUCUCGCUUAUGAUGCAUGCUACCAAUGGGGCAGGGUAUCCAGAGCCUCCUCUCCAGGGGAGCUUGCAAGGACGCCGCCCAGAGGCUGGAAUUCUUAUGAUUCUUACUCCUGGAUCAUCAGCGAAGAAGACUUCCUUGCCAAUUCGGAGAUCGUCUCCAAGAGACUCCUGCAAUAUGGGUACGAGGUAGGGGGUGGGCUCCCUCAGAACCCGUGCCUGAUCUGAUGCAAUGUUCUUCCGUCUUUCUGCUCGUUCUCAGACGAUCUUUCUGCAGUACGUUGUGGUGGACUUCCUCUGGUACCGGCGGCUCGCCAGUGGAUCGUACACCGACGCCUAUGGGUUCGACUCCAUUGACGAAUGGGGAAGAGUGGUGCCAGACCCCGAGAGAUGGCCGUCCUCCAGGGGCGGCAAGGGGUUCACAGAGGUCGCCCGGAAGGUCCACGACAUGGGUCUGAAGUUUGGGAUCCACGCCAUGAGAGGGAUCAGUGCUCAGGCAGUCAACAGUAACACACCCAUCCUAGACGUCACCACGGUAUCCUCUCUCGGUUCAUCCCCAUGCGUUGUUCUUCACUUGUUGACUCAUAAGCUGAUACUGAUUUCUGAAUUUUCUUGUGGGAAAAAUUCCGUAAAAAAUAUGGCGAAAUUAGAUGAACUGAUCGGCAUUCUUGGGUGUUCUUCAUUCCUUGAGCAAGUAUGGAUCAUAAUUUUCAGUUAUUUUUUCUAAGAGGGUUGAAAAUAAGAUCUUGACCCACCUGCUCAUGGUCCUCUUUGUUUCAUUCGUUGACCAUUGGAUAGAACAUGAUUUCUGGGUUUUUUUUUUCCUUAGAGAGUUGAUAACUAGAGAUAAUAACUUCUCUGGUUCUUGAUUUUGACAUAGAGAUUUAAUGGUGUUUCUGAUCAGGGAACCGCUUACAGUGAGGAUAAUCGCCCUUGGGGCGCAAAGGAUGUGGGGAUGAGGGAGCGGGCAUGUGCUUGGAUGACUCACGGAUUCAUGAGCGUGGAUACACAAACUAGGGCAGGGAGGGCCUUCCUCCGGUCUCUCUACAGACAGUACGCUGACUGGGGCGUUGACUUUGGUGAGAACCCUGUUGACCCUAUUCACUCUUCAUCACUCUUCUUAACGUUUUUUUUUUUCCCCUCUCACCAUUAAUCAAUUCGCAGUGAAGCUCGACUGUGUCUUUGGGGAGGACUUUGAUGAAGCGGAAAUCAAGACUGUGUCUGAGGUGAAGAAAAUCAUUAAUUUUUAGUGGGACACUUAUGAUUGCCAUGCUUUUUUAUAUAGAUAAACUUAUGAUGAUUCUAUUACUAUUUAUAAAAAAAAUUCAAUGGCGGGUUAUUUUCAGAUCCUGGCUGAGCUUGAACGGCCCAUGGUUUUCUCUCUCUCUCCGGGAAAGUACGCGAUGCCCAGCAUGGCAGAGAACAUAAAAGAUCUCGUUAAUAUGUACAGAAUCACAGCUGACGACUGGGAUAUAUGGAGUCAGGUGGAAGAACACUUUGAUGCUGCAAGGUAUCCUCCUUAAUCUUCUUUAUUGGGAAAGUUUUGGGGCGAAUUUAUGACUGGAAUUUUACGGCCAGCCCCAGAAAGCAGUGGGUUCAACCAGACCGGGACCUGAAAAUCCUGGUUUUGACAUUUGGAGGGCAUUCUUCUCGGAUUGGUCACUGUGUUUGCUCCUUCUUAGGGACUUUGCAGCGUCACAGCUCAUAGGGGCUGCCGGGUUUCAUGGAAGGUCAUGGCCAGACUUGGACAUGCUUCCUCUCGGGUGGCUCACUGAUCCAGGCAAGAUAUAAUCUGCUCUGUUUGCUCAUGCGGCAUGAGCGUUGACUAUAUCUGGUAUGUUUCUAGGGGCAAACCAUGGUCCAAGUAGACGAUGCAGGCUUACUCUCGAUGAACAGAAGACCCAGGUUCAGCCCUCCUCCUUAUUACCAUAUUUCUACUGCUAAUUAUUCGUAUUAUUCAUGUUCCUGAUUAAACCCUCCGGGCAGAUCACACUCUGGUCAAUGGCGAGGUCUCCUCUCAUGUUCGGAGGAGACUUGAAGAGGAUCGAUGACAUCACCUUUGACCUCAUUACGAACCCCGCCCUGCUGGAAAUCAACGCUUUCAGUGUAAAAAAUAUGGAGGUAUUCCUCUUCUGGGAUGAUUUUCCUUUUUUAUUUUUAUUUUUUAUUACCUGAAGUAGAUAACAUCAAUUAUGUUUGGGCCUCCAUGCAGUUUUCGCUUAUUAGCACGACAGAAGAUCAUGAGAGGCGGCGGCGUCCUUUUCAAGAUGGAAAGAUAUUAAGUCUGACCAGUUGUGAGGAUCCCAAGGUCAAGGGUUGGCAUAAGAUGGUCAACGCCGGAGAUAAAGACCUCAUCUGCUGGAAGAACAGCCGGGCAAACGAGAGAUCCUUCUGUCUUCACAGCACCCAACCUCUUUUGGCAUCGUGGGCAUCGCUCAGCUGUCUAAUCUGCCUGAUUAACACGAGUUUUCUGUGCUUAUUGUGCUAAUGUGUGAUGCCAGGGGUGAAGAGAUCGCGUAUAGAGAGAACUAUGACGGAAGCUUUCACUUGCUGUCAAAUGGGGAAGCUGGUAGGUGCAUAGGGGGGUCUUCGAGCACAAAGAUGACAAAGUCAACGGCGAAGAGCAGCUUCAUCUCCCCCUGCAAGUGGAGUGCCAACCAGGUUUGCGAUGUCUGGUUCUGGAUUAGCAAUUACUAGUUGUGAUCAUUAAGGGACUCAAGAAUGAUUAAUCUGUGCCACAGAUGUGGGUAUUAAACGGCAAUGGGACCCUUAAGAGCAGCUACUCCGGUCUCUGUGCAUCAGUCAACGCUGAGAAGGGUAUGCAGUUUAGAAGGCCAUAAAUCCAGAAUCUUUCAUUUACUAAAGCAACUACUUUCCUGCAGAAAAUUCAGGUUAUGGGGGAAUGCGGUCGUGGGUUGCUAGAGGAAGAAGAGGUCAACUCGUUUCUUCAUGAUAGAUCACAUCAAUUAUUGAAUAUAUUUUUAAUUUAUCAGCAUAUUUCAGUCUUGUCCAUCUUGUUUGAACCCCCAAGAUCAGGCAGCAAAAAAGAACCAAAAAAAAAAAAAAAACGGUGAUGACUCAUUUUUCUCUACUCAACUACGCGUUGACCCAUCCUUUUUUUUUUUCGGUUUCUAUCGCAAUCAGGUGAAUAAAUAUCCGGAAUUGAAUCAAUUAGCAUGCCUUGACCAUACCAACCUUUCAGGAAAUUUUUGCUCAUGUUCUUCAAAUCAUGUAUGCUUUAUAGGUGAGAUAUACUUUGCCAUCUUCAAUCUGAAUCCCACAAGUUCGUCAGCCUCCGUGAGAAUCGAGGAUUUGGCGAUGGCUGUCGAUUUUGGACCAUUAAUCGGAAGAUCCUGCAAUGCCACGGAAGCUUGGAGUGGGAUGAUCUUGAGUCAACUCAGUGAUUCACUCUCAGCUGAUGUCAACGGGCAUGGAUGCGCACUCUUCAUUAUCUCUUGCGUGUAG